AUGAGUAACUCAAAUGAUUCAAAUAAUAUGACAUUGAACUUUAUCCCCGAGAUUAAUUCAAAAACAAACUCCAUGACACAAUUAGAUGAACCAAUAAUACCGAGUGUUGAUACUAAUGUUGAUAUAAAUAAACCAAUAAAGUCAGAAGAUCCUGUGGAUAGUUUAAUGCUUGAUGAAGAUUUUAAUAUUCUUUUAACAAAUUCAAAUCCAACCAGUACCAACACUAAACUACAGCAUGAACUGCAAUUAACACAACAUACUCAGCCGAAACAAGAGAACCAGCAAUUAUUAUUACCACCUAUAGAGAAGAAAGUAAAGAUUGAAGAUCCUAUAAUAAAAAAUAGAUCAUCUACAUCAUCCCAUCAUAGCCAACGGCAUGAAAUUCAUGAUGAAGAAGAAGAGGAAGAUCAAUCAAAUGCAAGGGUUUCAGCAUACGCUAAAUUAGAAUUUGAAAAUAACAUAUUCUAUGUUCAAACUUUACAAAUUAUAUUAGGAAGAAAAUCAAAUGAUGAAUCUAAUCAAACUAAUGUUGAUGUUCACUUAUCUGAAAAAAAAGCUAUAUCUAGAAAACAUGCAAAAAUAUUUUAUAAUUUUGGAAGUCAAAGAUUUGAAAUAUCUGUUACAGGUAAAAAUGGGGCAUUUGUUAAUGAAACUUUUGUUGAAAAGGGAAUGACAAUACCAUUAGUUAAUGGAGUUAAAAUUCAAAUUGGAGAAAUAUCAUUUUCUUUUAAAUUACCAGAACAAGAUGAUAGAGAUAAAGAUUCUCAAUUUGGUCCUGUUCAAUUUAAUCCAAGUGAUGCAAUAAAUUUAAAAUCCAAUUUAUUUUCAAAACAACCAACUCCUAAAAAUUCACCCAAAAAAACAAAUCAACAAAUAACUCAGCCGUCCACAGAACCAAUACCGGCAGCAACACGUAAAAAAUCAAUGAGUAGGCGAGAUUCAUUAUUGAAAAUACGAAAAUUAUCAAAUGCUCGAAGGACAUCUGUUGCAGCCAAUGAAGAAUUAAAUCAACUUCUAAAAGAUUUGGGUAUGGAAGAGAAUAUAAAUGAAGAAGAUUCAGAACUUCUUGAUGAACAAAUUAAAAUAUUAUUAAAUGAAGAUGACAAUUUAGAAGGAAGUAAUGUUUUAAAAAAUUUAGCUCAUUUGAAUGAAUCAGCAAUUGCAGAUGAUGAUGAUGAUCUUGAUUUAGUAAAAGGAAUUGAACAAGAAGCAAGAGUAGAAAAAGAAAUACAAGAAAUUGAUUCUAAUAUUUCUCAAUUAAAUCGAGAGAUUGCAAAUUUGACAGGACCACCUAAUAAUAUAGCUCAAAAUCAAAGUUUAAUUACUGAAAAAGAAAAUCAAAAGAAAGGAUUAGAAGAAGCAAAAAAACAAAAACAAGAUCAUAUUUCACAAAGUAGAUCAUCAUUUGUAAGAAAUGCAGGUCCAGUUAGAACAACUCCAUUAAUGGGUAAACCAGCUUCAAUUCAACCACCAGCAUCUUCAUCAAUAUAUAAUAGAUAUCAUGGAUUAGAUAAAUCAGGAUUACAUUUUUUCCCCAACGCAAUUCCACCACCAAGACCAAAAUUAACUGUUCCAGUACCAUUAAUCACCUCAGAACCUGGUGCAAUACGAUCUCGUCCUCCAUUACGUGCUAUAACUAUGAGAGAUUCAACAUUACAUUCAACUAUUUCUUAUCCAAAGACUCUUGAUCAACCAACUGAAUUUCCAAAACCCAAAACAAGAAAAAUCAUACCUAGAAAAACAUCAAAAAGAGUUUAUACUAUGGAUGAAAUUCCUGAACAAUUUAGAAUUAAACCAAACAUUACAUUUGCAUCAAUGGUAACUAAUGUUUUACAAACUUCUGCAGCAAGACAAGGUUUAACAAUAAAUGAAAUAACUGACGCAGUUAAAGAAGUUUAUCCAUAUUAUAAAUAUUGUCAAGAAGGUUGGCAAGCAUCAAUUAAUCAUUGUAUAAAAUUCACAAAAAUUUUUAAAAGAAUUUCUAAAAAAGGUACAGAAUGGCUUUAUACAAUGGAUGAAUUAUAUAAAAAUGAAAGAGAAACAAUGAAAAUUAAACAAAGAGAAAUAUUAGCCAAAAUUGAAGCUGAAAGACAAGAAGAAUUUCGUCAAAGACAAAGAUUAGAAAUGAAUCAACAAUUUUUAAUGAAUAGAAAUUUUCAACAACAACAACAACCACAACCUCAAUAUCCAAUUAAAACAUAUAAUCAAACACCAGGAGUGCCUUUAAAUCAACAAAAUAAUCAAAUUCUACCACCAAAUCAAAAUGUUCAGCAAAGUUUUCAACAAAAUUUCCAACAACCACCAAGACAAGGAGUAAACUUGCCAAAUGGUCAACAACCAUAUGUAUCUACGACCACUCAACAACCACCACUACCUAAUCAACCACAACAAUCACAACAAUCACAACCGCAACAUCCUACUAGCGCAAACACCACUCCAACUCAAGCUAAACCACCUAUCACUCAAACUCAACCAUCAAUUAGUGACCCAAAAACUCAAAAAUCAUUAGAAUAUUUAAGAAAAGAAUUAUUUACAUUAUAUAAAUCAAGAAAUUUAACAUAUGAUAAAACAAUAGCAACAACAUUAAUAACAAAAGCAUUAACUACAACAAUAGCACAAGUUAAUAGUAUUGGAGCAAAAGUUGGAGCAGGAGAUAAUGCAUUAACUUUUUUGGUGGAAAAAGCACCUCAACAAGUUAGUAAAAUUUUAGAUAUUGCUUUAACUAAAUCUAUAAAAGAAUUUGAAGGUAAUAAAUCUGGAGCUGGUACUCCAAGUAAAGCUUCAACUCCAUUACAAACUGAAGCUACUUUAUCUAAUCAAUCUUUGCAAUCACAUCCCCAACAACAACCAACAUCAAACAUUCCUGUGCUGACUCAUCAAUCAAACACUACAAUCCAGCAACCACAACAACUCUCAAAGCAAGUACAUUCUCAAUCUACUUUUGCGUCACCAUCACCACAACAAAGUCAACAAAACAUUAUAUCACAACAACAAAAUACAUCACAAACACAACCUCAAACAAUAAUUCAUAACAAUAACUCUGUAGGCUCAUCAACUCAAUCAAGUCCAACUACAUCCACCACCGCAACAACAUCAACAACAACAUUAAAACAAUUUUCUCCAUCACCUCAACCAUCACCACAAUCAACUACCUCAACAACUAGUUCACCUCAUAGAAAUACCAUACCUCCAAGACCAUCACUGUUUGGAAAACCACCAAAUUUAAAAAAUAAUAAUACAUUAAAUAGACCAGGAUCUUACGCUAGACCUCAAUCAUUUGGAAAACCACCAGGAAUAUCAUCUCAAACUUCAAAUAAUGGUGGUGUUAAUAAUGGAAGGCCAACUCCUAGUUUUUUAUCUAAUAAACCUACUUUUGGAAAUAAUAAUAAUAAUAAUAAUGGUUUAAAAAGAGAAUUAGAUGGUGGAAAUGAAUCAAAUGAUCAAUUGAAAAAAAUAGCUAGAUCAAAUUAA